AACUGCCUUUUCCAUCCUCCUGCGUAUUCUUUUGCUUCCUGCCUCGGCGCCUUUCCCGUAACUGGGCAGCGGAGAUUCUCGUUUCCUUCUUCCCGGCCCUGGUGCUGCCUUCCAGAUAGCGGGGCCCGAGGGCUAGGAAAGGUCGAUUAUCUCCUGCUUUCUCCGCCUGUGUGAGCGCACAAUAUUGCCAGGGCUGUGGUGUGCGGUAGCUGCGAGACGGCUGGAGGAGGGACGGGCUGUGCACGAGCACUCUGGAGCGGCCGCUUCCAAGCUUUCGCCUCGGCCGUGAUAAUAUUAGUAGCGCGGGAGCCGGCGGCACGAAUCCGCCGCUCCGUAGAGGCGCGAACGGAGCUCGCAUCUCCCCUCCUUCCCUCCUUCCCCUCCCCUUCUGGCGCACACUCCCUCCCCUGCCCUGAGCCACCAGCCGGGAUUUCAGUAUUAUGGCAUCGAGGAGAAUGGAGACCAAACCCGUGAUAACGUGUCUGAAAACCUUACUCAUCAUCUAUUCCUUCGUUUUCUGGAUAACUGGUGUUAUCCUUCUUGCUGUUGGUGUUUGGGGGAAGUUGACUUUAGGCACUUAUAUCUCACUUAUUGCUGAAAACUCCACUAAUGCUCCAUAUGUUCUCAUCGGGACGGGUACCACAAUCAUUGUUUUUGGAUUGUUUGGCUGCUUUGCAACAUGUCGAGGAAGCCCAUGGAUGCUGAAACUGUAUGCUAUGUUUCUAUCUCUGGUCUUCCUGGCUGAGUUAGUGGCUGGCAUUUCAGGAUUUGUAUUUCGUCAUGAGAUCAAGGACACUUUCCUUAGGACAUACACUGAAGCCAUCCAGAAUUACAAUGGAAAUGAUGAGAAGAGCCGUGCAGUGGAUGAUGUACAACAAAGUCUGAGAUGUUGUGGUGUCCAGAACUACACCAACUGGAAUACUAGCCCUUAUUUUAGUGAACAUGGAAUUCCCCCAAGUUGUUGUAUGAAUGCAAGUGAUUGUAAUUCUAUGGACCUGCGUAACAUGACUAUUGCUCCCACUAAAAUAAACCAGAAG